GCAACUUUUAGCAACAAAUCAACCUGCCUCUAGCAACUUACCCUGAAAAUUAGUUGGCAACACUGAUGAGUUGGGCUUGGUGUACCGCUAGAGGACGCUAAUGAUUUACCAGACAAUAUUUAUUUAGAAGAUGUAGUCAAUUUCAAACAGGUUACAGCAGUGUGAAACUAUUUCAAAAGAUUAGAGUACGAGUUUUCGGGUGUAUAAUCUCAAAAUUCAUAGACUACUGGUUUACUGCGCAAUUAAGGUAGGGCUAUUUAUUAGCAUGUUGCUGAAUGAGUGUCACAUAGCAACAUUUCACUUAUAAUUUCCUGCUAUAGGCUAAAGUUUGUAAGUGUCAUGUGUCAACGCAAAACGACAACGUGCUCUUUCAAGUAGGAAAAUCGCAGGCGAUGGUGCUGACAGUGAGAUCUUCAAACAUGCGUUAACUAUGAUAUAGAAUAGUUGAAUAGGCUGAAAAUGUAUUCGUUUCUUUCGAAAUUACCAUACAUUAAUUGGGUAUGGUUGUGAGAUAGUCUUCCUCGUGGACAUGUUGCUUUCGAAAACACACCUUAAAAUUGUUAGUUAGGUUAUGAAGAGAGAAAAACAUUUCUGAGGAAGUGCCAACCCAGUGAGAGUGAAUUGGAUUUACAGCGAUUGAAAGAACAGUUCAACUGUUUCAGUAGGCCUACUGGUGAAUCACUUUUUCCAGGAAGAUAUUGUUUUACAUGGAAUAUUCAGUCCAAGGGGCGGCAAGAGAGGAGAGUUGUUUCAAUACGGGAGAGCUGGUAGUUAGUUUUGUUUACAAUUUCGUGCGAAUACACUUUAUAUCCCCGAAAUGCGAGGUGAAGAUGUCUUGUGGAUUUACAGAACAAGAACCGCAAUAGAUUUCAUUGGUACACUACUCAGGAAACUUGAAAAAUAUUAGUUUUGGAAGUCAUAUGUCUGCCUAGUGGAAUGACCGCACUGCAUUAUUUUAUCGGUUCAAAAGACACUUUGAAAACCAUGAACAAUUUUUGCCGACUGGGUUUAUUAAAAUUAAUUGGGUGGAAUUUAACGUUCCGUCGAGGAAUGUCAGCGGGACUGUAGACUGGAGUUAAGAAGUGCAUUUAGGACGCGCGCUCAUGGAGCUUCAGGUGGUAUGUGGACUGCUCUACUGCAUUCUGUUGCCGACGUUCUUGUUAGCAGCCUGCCUGUUUCGCUACAAUGCCCUGUCUCUGGUCUACCUGCUCUACCUGCUGCUACUGCCAUGGUUCCUGUGGCCCAACAAACACACACUACGAGGACAUACUGGACGCUUCAUCAAGGCUCUGUUCUGCACCAGUCUUCUCUUCCUGCUAGCCCAUGUCUCCUUCCAGAUCUGCCUGUACACUCUCCCUGACCUGGACCAUGCACUGGGAAACAACUGUAGUUUGUGGGAGACACUAUCGAGGCAUGUCGGUGUAUCCAGGCUGCCCCUGGAUGACCCGUGGAGUGUGGUGCGUCUGCUGACCCCUGACCUGGGGGUGUUUGUGAUCUCCCUGGUUACCCUGGUGGUGUGUAACCGGCUGGUCAAGAAGAGAGAUGACGUCACUUUCCUGCCGGUAGCCUCCGACUCCACACAGGGGACAGAGGAUGGGUCAGKGACAAAGGAGGGUGAAGAGGAGGAGGAGGAAGAGGAGGGCGAUGAGGAAGGCAUUUCGUCGUCCAGUGAACCUGGGGAUGACGUGGUUUCUGCAGCAACUCGUGCCAAGCAGCUGGCGGCCCGGCUAGAGCCCACCACCAGAAGGUCCUGAGGGACCUGGGCCGGAUCCUGGCCAUCACCCUGC